UCCGUCUGGGCACACGAAGCACCAUAGAAUCCACAGCAGUUUGGAUGCUAUUUACUGCGGCACCUGGACAAUUUUAGCCCAAAAUGAACUCCUCAAGACCCAUUUCCGAAAAAAAUUAUCCAUCCGCGCUCCUCUUUCUCUACCCCAUGUGUCUCUCUCGCUUUGUUCUCCGAUUUCAUUACGUGCGAAGUUAAGAUUUCGCUUUCAUUUCAACAAAACUAAAGCGGAAGUAAACAAAGGUACUUUCCCAGAAAAUAAACCAAAAAGAUGCAAGUCAGAGACCUCUGCCCGCUGACAAAAUUUCGCUUUCAACAAGGGUACCUUGACGAUUUUCUUAGCUUCACUUAAGUUAAACCUGAUCACCGAGAAACAUUGGCAUUUUCGAAACUCAGCCGAACCAUACGUCGUUCAAAGAAGUUUUUUUCUCAGGCUUCGACAGGAAUUUUACAUUCAAAUAUCCUGGUCGCGAGAUACAAUGAGUUCUGAUUUAGAAGGUUGUUUCUUAGAAGCAGUUCUCAACGGCGACCAAGAAAAUGCACCCAGUGAUGUCUACGAGCCACUACUGCCUGAUUACUUCGCAAUCAGCCAACAAGAAUUACCUGAUAUUCAAGUUAAGUUGUCUGACCUGAAAGAUAUCUAUGACAAAGUUCAGAAAAAGGUGGCACAUACAUCAGAACAGCGUAUAGAAAAAGGAUGGGUAAAUGGUGUUGCCUGGUCAACUGGUCAAAUAAAGAGUAUCACAGUAAUAGUUCAGCGCACUCCUGAGGCAGCAGCAAGAGUCAAUGAUACAGUAGGGCCUGUGGAGCUUAAAGUUAUUUACAAGGAGUAUGGAAUACACUCUGUAAAUUUUUCUUUUGACCUGGACUCUGCUUACAAGAAUUCAAAUGGAGACCUUGUCUACGAGCUUGCCAGGGUUGAAAUGGAUCUAAGAAAUGUAUGGCAGCUUAUCGUCACUGUACAUCUAAUUGAUGGCUCACAGAGAAAUUUUACUUGGAAAGGGUUUCGCAUCAGAACAAAACCAAAACCAUCAAAAUGUACUGCAGAUGGUAGAAGAGAUGUUGAGAAUACCAAUAAAAGGAAGAGAUUGGAGCCAGAUCAAUUUUUAAGUGGUUCAGCUGCAAGUCCUUCUACUGAUUCACUAAAUUCAGAUGCUGACAGCUUCCCUGGUAAACUGACAGCUCAAAUGGACAAAAAUAUUUUGACCGAUUAUCUGGAAGCACAGAGGGCUCGCAUCAACGAUUUGAGGGUCGCGAAGUGGACAACAGAAGGCGCAGACAUCGCAUAUCAUCUGAAUCUUACAGAAUCUUCAAAAAGACGGCCUGAUCUGGAGGAGGGAGAUGUGAUUGCCUUUUUGACCAACCCCAACGCAGGAAACACGGAAAUAGAGAAACUAUCACAAGAGAAUUCAUCGCGAGCCGUUUUGGCAGGUGUCAUCAGUCGAUCAGCUUACAUAUAUGCGCAUGCACCUCGUUACGGCAGCGAGAAAGGUAGCACUGAGACUGUUUGUGUUAUCGGCUUGGUCAAAGUUAAAGUCCUUGGGACCGUUCAGAAUGGGGAGCGUAUAUAUGUUGCACUGCAUCAACCGGGUGUUGCCAUUCCAGAGACGCAGAUUCCGUUACGACCUAUGGCCGACCGCCGCCCGGUUUUGCUGGGUCAGGCGCUUGAGAGCAAACCGAGUAACUCUCAAGACAAUGUUUAAUUGGUCCAGUGCUUUGUUUCUAUAGUGCUCGGUAUUCAAUCUGGUCAGAUUAACGCUGCCAUAGAAGACCUUCAGGAGAAGAUGCAGCGCAAGUUUGAAGAUGUCGUGGUCAAAGACAGAUCAAAGUGGCUCAGAGGUCUGAGAUGGAAAAUUUUCAUUCUCCUUAUCAUUUUCGGACUGCUUUCUGGUUUAUUGUACGAGUUAAUUGCCCCAGGAACUUGGUUCCAGUAUCAGAUGUGUAAACGUGGGUGCAUUAAGGGUCACACAGCUACCUUUAAAUUUACAACACAUGAUUAUCAAUAUAUCAAAGUGAACGGGCUGGAAUUAACGUGGGAGAAAUUGAAGAAGAAAAAAGAGCUGGAUCUUGGAGAUUGCCAACCGUUUAACGCUACAGCUGGCUAUCGUUAUUACCUUAACUUGGAUCGCUGUGCAUAUGGCGAGCGGAUCGUGUUGGACCACAAGCCACAGAUACGCGGACCAACGGUUUUUGCCAUCAACUCCACUUGCUCUGGUGUUUAUUACGUGAACAAAGACAAAUGGCAAGGGUACACUUCGGCAGAACACAUCGAGCGUGAGCCACCUUGCACCUAAACCGUGCUAAACUCCCUUCUUUCAUGGUCAUUUUGGCAAUGAAUUGACACCUGAUUUCAAGUUUAACGUAAACCGUGGUACUCAGACAAUCGAUUGACUCUAAGUACAAUCAGUUUGUUAUUAUACCCAACUGCAUUUACGUUUUCAUUCAUAGAUUUCUUUAAUCGAAAGUUGCUUCGAUAAGAAAGCCGUGCAUUUUGGUAAGAAGCAGUAAGUUCAAAAGGUAGUUAUUUAAAGAUGAAAAGAUAUAAUAAUUAUUCCCCAAUAACAUAGAUAGUAGGGAUACAAUGAAAACGUGUUUCUAUUGCCACUUUAUUUAUAAAUUUUUAAGCUUCAACAACAGCAGAAUCAGUGCAGGAGAAUAAUGAGCGCUAGCCUCGAUUAAGCGCCCUCCCUCCAAAAUGCACCCAUUCAUUCCCCCCACCCCACCCCUCUUUUAACCGAAAUUUUGACAUAAGCGUCCGGGCGCUUAUUCAAGGAAUACGGUUAUACCUAAAGCGAUUUGGAAAGAAAGUACGUUCAAAGGUUAGUUGUCUAAAGCUGUGUUGACAAUAUGAUUGUUCAAACAAUUGAUGCGUAUUUAGCUGGGCAAUAAAAAUAUAUAUUUAUAA